GACACGUGACCCCCCUCCAUCACCCCUAUAUAUUCACACCUUUCUCGUUUCACUUUCCUCACAAUUAAAACUUAAAAGUCCUUCGCUCAUUCGAUCAGUAGAGAAUAAUACCCAAAGAAUAACUAAAAAUGGCCUCCAUGACUACGACCCAACAACAACAACAACCCGGCCGCAACGACCAGAAGCUCUCCUACCAGGUGGCCAAGACCGCCACCGCCGCCACCGUGGGCGGCUCCCUCAUGGUCCUCUCCGGCGUCACCCUUGUGGCCACCAUCAUCGGCCUCGUCAUCGCCACCCCAUUGCUCCUCAUCUUCAGCCCCGUCCUCAUCCCCGCCGCACUCACCGCCUUCCUCAUCCUUGCCGGGCUCGUCGCCUCCGUAGCCUUCCUCGCCACUUCCGCCUUCAUCUUCUACUGGAUGUACAUGUACAUGACGGGGAAGCACCCGGUGGGAGAAGACAAGAUCAACUAUGUGAAGGAGAAACUGGCGGUUGCGGCGCAGGGAUUCAAGGAGAAGGCGGCGGAGCUCGGGAGCAAGGGGCAGCAGCAGAUCAAGGGGACUGUGCAGGCGGCGGAAAGCACCUAAGAGGAGGAGUUUAUGCUAGCUCCAACUGAUAAUAAACAUAUAUGUGUGUGUGUGUGAAGCCAAUUAAAAAUGGCAUAGUUAU